UUGAUUAUCAACCAAUUAUUUUUUUUAAUCUUGAUUGCUUGACUUCAUUAACAUUUCUCCUUCUCGUACAGGUUGAGAUUUUUGACCAUUCUGAUCCUUUAUCAAUCCUGUAGAAUACAAGAACAGAAGCUACAAAGAAAAAAGAAGCAAGAUUUUGAAGUAGCUCUGCCUGAUAACAGGAAAAGAAAAAUGGAGAGAAAUUGGUCCUUCUCCUACUUGGCAAUUCUCUUCCUUUUGGUUGCUUCCUCUGCUUCUUUCUCAACUUCCAUUUCUGAUGGUGUCUUAUCUUCUCUCGGUUCCACAAGCAGGAAUCUACUUCAGAUGAAGAAAGCUUGUCCUAUUAACUUUGAAUUCCAGAACUACACUAUUAUCACGAGCCAAUGCAAAGGGCCUCAAUACCCAGCUGAUCGUUGCUGUGCAGCGUUCAAGCAAUUUGCUUGCCCUUUUGCAGACCAGAUCAAUGAUCUGACAACCGAUUGUGCUUCAACCAUGUUCAGCUACAUUAAUCUUUAUGGGAAGUAUCCUCCUGGUCUUUUCGCUACCAAGUGCCGAGAAGGGAAGGCAGGGCUCAAAUGCCCUGCAUCUGCACCGGUCACGUCUGCAACUUCAAAUACAAAUGCUAAUUAAAUAAUCAUUGUAGUUGCUAAACAGGUCGAGUUAUUACCAAAAGGUUGUAAUAAUGGUGUUUCUCAAAUCAAGAACUGAGACUUUAUUUGCUUUGUGGCUUUGCGCGAUUGUUACCAAUUAGAAUUAUCAUUGCUAAAAUAAUGAGAAGUGUGGAUCCUUUUCCUUUGUACUAAAGCAAAAAGGAUUGUGUCUUUACCAUUGGUAUUGUCUUUUAAAUGCACGAUUUUAGUAUAAGACUUGUCUGAUCAUUACAGGAUUCCAAGUGGGGGAAGUUUUUUGGAUCCUCAAACAAUUAUAUAUUGCCAUGGUAGUGGAUUGAUAACAAGGACAAGGAUCGAUUUAGCCCAUAAUUACAACAUCCAUUGUGGUUUGAACAAUGCUGCAAGCCUAUGUCCCACUUAAACACCCAUGACCAACCUAUAAGAAUAAUCUAAAUUAACAAAUAUAGAACAAACUUAAUGAGAUGUAAAGAAAUUUGGGUUCAAAGAUAUUCAUU